AUGUUUUCAUCAAAUUUGAUAAAAAAUCAUUUCAAGAUUCCAAAUCGUUCGAUUCGAACAAGUUAUUUAAUUAAAAAGAAAAUAUUUCCCAUACUAUCAUCACACAAAGAUUACUAUUAUGGACAUUCCCCGGGAAAUCAUUUUAGUUCGACGAGAGUUUCUCAUGAUAUGUCAAUAAAAUCAGAAAAGUUAUCGGUACCAUCUAUAAUAGGGAAUAAGGAUCAUUGCCCAGGUUGUGGAGCAUACUUUCAAACGUUAGACUCGACCAAACCUGGUUACUUGAUCAAACCUACUCACUCAAAGGGUGAGAAAGUUGACGAGAAACGUCACACUAAAAAGUUGACUAAACAUGAAAUUGAGGACGCGAUAGAUAAUUUAUCUCAAGAUUUGAAAGGAUUAAUGUAUCCCCUUGGGUAUUCCAAAUCUACACGAAAGACACGUGAUAAAGAAGAAACGAUAUUUUGUCAAAGGUGUUAUAAUUUAAGGUAUCAUAAUAAAAUAAUCAAUUCAUCAUGGCAAGAUACGUUAACUUUGGAUAAAUCAUUCCUUCAAUUUUUACAAAAGAAGCAAAAUUCAAUAAUCUUAACGGUGAUCGAUAUAUUUGACUUUCCCGGUAGUUUGACAAAAGAUUUAGAUCAGUUGAUAGGUCGACAUCAUUCGAAUAUUUUAAUCGCGAAUAAGAUCGAUUUAUUACCAAAAGAUAUUGAUCCAAUUAGGAUAAAAAUGUGGUUAAAAGAACAUUGUUCAAUGUAUGGGUUAAAUAAUAUACAAGAGAUUUUCUUAUGUAGUGCAAAAAAGAAUUGGAACAUUAAAGAAUUAUGUAAUGAAAUAUCAAGGAUCAGAAAUUAUAAUGAUGAUAUUUAUUUAAUUGGUAACACCAAUGUUGGUAAAUCCGAAUUGAUCAAUAGUCUUUUAAGAACUUGUGCUUAUCAUGGUGGGGGGAAUUAUAAAGUUACCUCCUCUCAUAUCCCUGGUACCACCGUUAACAUGUUUGGUUUACCUUUGGACCUUUUUAAUGAUGCCCUUGGUAAGAAUGUUAAAGGAAUGAUCUUUAAUGAGAAAGAUGAUGGUAGAUUUUUGUUUGAUACUCCUGGGAUUGUUGGUGAAAAUCAAAUAUUAUCUUACUUAAAUCAAGAAGAAUUAAAAAUGGUCAUUCCCCAACGAAACAUUCUUCCAUUGACAUUUGAAUUCAAGCCAGGAAAAUCUUUAUUAUUUGGAGGAUUAGGUAGAAUUGAUUAUAAGGAGGGUAACAAACCAAUUCGUAUAACAGUAUUUUCAAAAUUAAUUUCACAUAUCACAUCAAUAGAGAAAGCAAACGAUUUUUACGAACAAUUAUCAUCAUGCGAUGAAAAUCAUUUCUUAGAACCUCCGAUAGGAUCAAUAGAUCGUCUUAAACAGUUCCCUAGAAUAAUCAAAUGCAAAAGGGACUUGAAGGUGAUAGGGGAAUGUCAUCCGAAAAAAAGCAAAUGCAUAUUAGACGUUGUUUGGGGUGGUAUUGGGUGGUGUAGUAUUGGCGGAGUUAGAGAUGGAGAAUCUGUUAUAUUUGAUGUUUGGAGUCCUGAUGGGAAAGGCGUGUAUACUAGACAUGUUCCUUUAUUACCUUAUGAAUUUCGUGGUAAACUUGAAAAAAUAAACUAA